AAAUCAGUUGUUUGUGAUACGCGCUUAUUGUGAGUACGAACGGACACAAAUUACGAAUUCCGUCGUAUUGUUUUUUAGGUUUUUUAUUUCGAUAGAUAUAUAUGUAUAAAUUUUCGUAUCUUUAAGUAAAAUUUUUUAAAUUAAUCUAAGUUGAUUAUUGUGCGUGAAGUGCAUUUGUUCGUUGCUUCUUGAACGACAUUUGAUUUUUAAGUUUAACAUUUGUGUAACAUUCAAAUUCAAACGGAAAAACUCGGCAUCUCAUGAGAAACCCAUGUCAGAUUAAAUGAAUUCUUGAUAAUAUUGUUCUAAGUGACAAGUCGACAUACCCAACUGCAGUUUGUUGUCCCUCAAGUACCAAGUUAAGAUUGCGCGCCAAACUUUAAUCUACUACAGUUGUUUAUUGUGAGCUGUGACCUGCGAACACAAAAUUAACACUGUGAUCAUUUCGGUUUGAAAAACACAAAAAAUUAAAAAUCUUUUUCAUAUAAAAAUGUGAUUUAAUGAAAUACAAAUGAAUCAUUCGACUAUAUGGAAAAAGACUACAAAGAGAAUAUAUUUUUUUGAUGAUUGUGACUAGUGGUAUUUAUUGAUUUAUUCAACAAGUUCCAGCGGUAAACAUUGCUACUUCAGAGGAUUAUUAGCAAAUCAGUUCUAAAUCGACAAUUUUUUUCUGAUUCAAUAUUUUUUGUGAGUGAAAAGUAAAAAGAUAAUAUUGAAAGUUGUGUCAACAUUUUAACGGAUCCUUUCAUUUUGGUGGUUAAAAAUUUGAUUGAAAUUCUGAAAAGUGGUUGCUGAUACCGUCUGUGGUAGUAAAUAUUUAAACAUCAACGGAUAUAUACCAAUUUUGAUAUUUUUGAAACACUGAAGUGAUAACGCUGAUCAAAGUGAUCGAGCUCUUACCCCUAUAAGAGAACAUAAAUUGUUACAAGCAGACGGAUAAUUUCGAAAAUGGAAGGAAUGUAUCAGGUAAACUAAUUGCUUGAUCAAAAUGUCAGUAUGUAAUGAAAACAAGCAUUUGUUGAAUUAAAAAGUACAUAUAUAUUGGGAAGAGAUGAAUCAAACGUGCAAAGUGUGCGGUGAACCGGCGGCUGGUUUUCACUUCGGUGCAUUUACCUGCGAAGGAUGUAAGUCGUUCUUCGGACGCUCCUAUAACAACCUAUCGUCGAUAUCCGAAUGUAAAAACAACGGUGAAUGUGUCAUCAAUAAGAAGAAUAGAACAGCAUGCAAGGCGUGUCGAUUACGUAAAUGUCUCUUGGUUGGCAUGUCGAAAAGCGGGUCACGCUACGGACGUCGUUCGAAUUGGUUUAAAAUACACUGCUUACUUCAGGAGCAACAACAGCAGGCAGCAGCAGCGGCGGCAGCGCACAAUAAUCACAACAGCCAAAAAACACCACCACCACCGCCAGCAACGCUAGCAAUGCUGGGACAUCCGGGGGUCUAUCCACCCGGCUUAUACCCACCACGACCAAAUUGUACAAAAGAGGAACUAAUGCUACUGGGACUUGAUGAUUACAAGCAUCCUGCUGCCUCACCUUCAGUUAGUUCGCCAGAUAGUCACAAUUCAGAUAGUUCGAUUGAUGUUAACGUAAGAAGUAACACGCUGCUGCGACUCGGGAAGCCCAUGGACGCCAAUUCAAUGAGCAAAGACCUGUUCUUACCGCUUCCAUUCCCGGGACUGUCCUCGCUGCCUGUUAUGCCACCACCAGGUUUCAUCCCUCCCUCACAUCUUCUAUUCCCCGGAUAUCAUCCCGCUCUCUACCCCCAUCAUCAAGGACUCCUGAAGCCAGCAGCCGAACAUCAGCACUUGUUAAGCAAUUCUCACUUAGCCAACAACAAUAGCCGAUAUGCGCUCAAUCACAACAAUAACAAUCACAUCAACAGCAUUAGCAAUAACAACAACUUGAAUAACAACCAUAUCCAAAACAACACAAAAGCCGCUGAAGAGUUAACCAAACGAUUCUAUCUCGAUGCGGUGUUGAAAUCUCAACAAAGAUCUCCAGUUGCAACCACCACGGUCACAACAACCACCUACACAACAACCCCAACACCAAUGCACAGUGAUAGUAUUUCAUCAACUAAGAAGGAUCAUCACGUCGACGAUGACCAACGUCAGGAUGACCACCCAACCAGCCCCCAUGACCACCAUACUCGCAUCGAAACCGAGGACGAAAGUGUCGAUGGUGAAUCCGAAGAACUGGUGGUGGCCAUGACACCCCCACGAUCACCUCGCACCAACAUGCAAGACGAUCCCAUCGACCUGAGCAUGAAGACAGGCAGCAGUCACAGCAGUAAAAGUAGCAUAGCGUCAAUCGAUGAUAACCGACAUUUAUCAGGUGGUGAAAGUGAUGCGCACAGCGAAGAUAACGAUGACGAUGAUGAGACAACAACCACCACAAUUACCACCACAAUUCAGAAAAGGCCGCAAUUUGUUGCCGCGGUAGCGAACAAUAUCAGCGAAGAUGAAGAGGAGACGGAGUACGAGCGGGACAUGAAGCGAAUGAAAAUGCAAGUGACCACAACGCCCUUAGACCUCACCACAAGGGUGUGACGCAAUUCCUAGAUAUUAUUAUUCCUUAACAAAUUGCAUUACAAAUCCUUAGAGAAGGUAUUAGCGGAACUAAAUGGCAUUAUUAGUAAACUGAAAAAUCCCAAAAGAACAAAUACAAUUAGAUAUCACCUAAGCUAGAUUUAAUAUAUUGGAGGAGUGUAAAAAGAGACCCUAUUUUAUUGAGUAGUUGUAUCUAGAUAUUUUAUUCCAUAUUUAAAGUAUUAGCUGAAUAGAAAAGGCAAUCAAAGUUACUCUGAGAGCGUAUCAUGUCACACUUAUUGUAAAAUAUGAGAUAAAAAUACUUUCAAGGAUGCUGAAUUUCAGAUAGAAUUAUGUAUCUCUAUCUUAUAUAAUUAAUUUAAAAGAAAAUAUACACAAGUCAACAAAAAUCAACAAAAAUUAGAUCAAUCUUCUGUAAAUAUCGAAAAAAUUGUAGAAUUAAUAUUUUAUCUAUUCUCUGCAACUUUGGAGAUAAAUUAGUUGUAGGUGCUCUUCGGUGCGAAUGAAGUCGAAAUAUCCCACUUUUAAAUGUUACUUUCUAUUGUUAGUUAGUCCUUACGCCCGUUCCAUUCCAAUAUUAUAUUACAUAUGAAGAUGUAUCUACUUUUCACCUUCGAUUUCUUCUUGUAAAUAGAUUUCCCAACUGUGUUUUGUUAGUGUUUACUAUUGUAUUGUAAUUUAGUUAGUGUUUAGUAGUGAUAGAAUUGAAAAUUAUUUUUUUUUUUUGUUAUAAUGGAAUAAAUGUGAG